AUGAGCUCAACAAACUGCAGAUUCUACGAAAACAAGUACCCAGAAGUGGACGAAGUCGUCAUGGUCAACGUUCAAGAAAUUGCUGAAAUGGGUGCAUAUGUUAAACUUUUAGAAUAUGACAAUAUUGAAGGUAUGGUUUUGUUGUCAGAAUUAUCUAGAAGACGUAUUCGUUCCAUUCAGAAAUUGAUUAGAGUUGGUAAAAACGAAGUUGCGGUUGUAUUGAGAGUCGAUAAGGAGAAAGGUUAUAUCGAUUUGUCAAAGAGAAGAGUAUCGGCUGAAGAUAUUGUCAAAUGUGACGAAAGAUACAACAAAAGUAAAGCAGUACAUUCAAUCUUGAGACAUUGUGCUGAGAAAUUCAAUAUACCAUUGGAAAAAUUGUACGAAACUAUAGGUUGGCCAUUAAGUAGGAAAUAUGGACAUGCAUACGAUGCUUUUAAAUUUUCCAUCACUGACCCAACUAUUUUUGAAGGCAUUGAAGCACCCUCCGAAGGUGUAUUGGAAGAAUUGAAAUUGUACAUAUCCAGAAGAUUGACCCCACAAGCAAUCAAUAUAAGAGCAGAUGUUGAAGUAUCGUGUUUUGGUUACGAAGGAAUAGACGCAAUCAAACUGGCUUUAAAAGCGGCAGAAUCUGUUUCCACUGAACAAAUGCAAGUCAAGGCCAAAUUGGUUGCUGCUCCGUUAUAUUUCCUUUCUGUACAAUCGUUGGAUAAAAAUCAGGGUGUACGUCUUUUGGAAGCCGCUAUUGAAAAAAUUAAUUUAAUUAUAGAGUCAAAUGGUGGUGUUUGUAAAGUUAACAUGGCCCCUAAAGCAGUCACUGCUACUGAAGAUGCAGAACUUGAACGUUUGUUGGAGAGUAAAGAAGCUGAAAACAAAGACGAAUCAGAUGAAGAGGAUGACGAAUAA